AUGCCGUACUCUCCUUCUCCUUCCUGCCCGGGCGGAGCGUGUGCUUCCGGGCCGGGAGCCGGGCAGCAGGCUCCGUCGCAGGCCCACUCAGGCGAGGGCUCCGGGGCCAAGAUGAACUACAUGCCGGGGACGGCCAGCCUCAUCCAGGACAUCGACAAGAAACAUUUGGUUCUCCUCAGAGAUGGUAGGACGCUGAUUGGGUAUUUGCGCAGCAUCGACCAGUUUGGUAAGCCCUUAAAAGUUUACCUUACUUUUUUGGGUGGCGGACUUUGCAAAGCUAUCCAAAGAUGCCCAGCUAUCCAAAGGAAAAUGUCAUAUUUACUUGAGUCUCAUGGUCACCAUUUUUGACAAAAUUACCUUGUC